UUGUUAUCUCACGUAGUAUUAGACUUUAUAACUCUAGAUCCACUCGCCGAACCAUGUGCUGUAUGCGGCGACAAAUCAACAGGGACACACUAUGGGGUGAUUUCAUGUAAUGGAUGCAAGGGAUUCUUCCGCCGCACAGUGUUGCGUGAUCAGAAGUUUACGUGCAGAUUCAAGCACCAGUGUGUCGUGGACAAAAGCAUGCGAUGUGCUUGCCGAUGUUGCCGAUUCAAUAAGUGUGUACGAGUUGGAAUGAAGAGAGAAGCCAUACAGUUUGAAAGAGAUCCAACAGGAAGUAGCCCAACAAAACGCUCCCGAGGAAGCCCUGCGCCGGGUCCUGAACAACCUGUCGAAGUUCAAUCUUCGGUUAUUUCGGCACUCAUGGAUAUGGAACGUCGAGUGAAUCAGGUCAAUGUGGGAGCAACCUUGUUUUUUGGCGCUUCUCGAGCUUUAACCCAAUCAUUUGUUCAGGACUUGAAUGAAAUUUCACGAACGACGUUAUUGCUGAUGGUCGAGUGGGCGAAAGCUUUGCAACCGUUUCCGAAUUUGAUCAUGGAGGACAAAAUAAUUCUCCUCAAGAAUUACGCACCGCAACACUUGAUCCUGAUGCCAGCCUUCAGGUGUCCUGAUACUACACGUGUCUGCCUCUUUAACAACACCUAUAUGAGCCGAGACCAAUCCAGCGAACUAAAUGGCUUUGCAGCAUUCAAAACGAGCAAUAUCACCCCUAGAGUGCUCGAUGAAAUUGUGUGGCCGAUGCGACAGCUACAAAUGCGAGAAGAGGAAUUUGUUUGUCUGAAGCUUCGGAUGCAUUCUAAUUCUUUCAGUAUUCGACACACUAUAACAGAUUUUGUCCCUUUGUUUGACUGCAACUAUCUCUAUCUGUCGCAAAGUUCACGACCGAUUUGUUGUGUUUAUGUUGACCGGCUAUUUACAACCCAAUUCUCGGCAGUCGCAGAAGUUUGA